AUGGAUCCAAAUCUUCUGAGAGAAAGAGAGCUGUUCAAAAAACGAGCUCUUUCUACUCCAGUUGUCGAAAAACGCGCAGUAUCUUCCGAGUCAUCAUCAUUAUCAAAGAAGAAGAAAGCAAAGCUAGAGCAUGGAGGAUCCUCAGGUUCCAAACAAAAUUCUGAUCAUACUAAUGGAUCGUUUAACUUGAAAGCUCUCUCAGGAAGCUCUGGGUAUAAGUUUGGAGUGCUUGCUAAGAUUGUGAAUUACAUGAAGACACGGCAUCAGCAAGGAGAUACACAUCCUCUCACUUUAGAAGAGAUUUUGGAUGAAACGCAACAUUUAGAUAUUGGACUCAAGCAGAAACAAUGGCUAAUGACUGAGGCAUUAGUUAACAAUCCCAAAAUUGAAGUAAUAGAUGGGAAGUAUGCCUUCAAGCCCAAGUACAACUUGAAAGAUAAGAAGGCCCUUCUUAGGCUCUUAGAUAAGCAUGACCAGCGAGGCUUAGGAGGGAUUCUUUUAGAAGACAUAGAAGAAGGACUGCCCAAUUCCCAGAAAGCUGUCAAGGCUUUAGGGGACCAGAUUCUAUUUGUAAAUCGACCUGAUAAGAAGAAAAUUCUUUUUUUCAAUGAUAAGAGCUGCCAGUUUUCUGUGGAUGAAGAGUUCCAGAAACUUUGGAGGAGUGUCACUGUGGAUUCAAUGGAUGAAGAGAAAAUUGAAGAAUAUCUGAAGCGACAGGGUAUUUCUUCCAUGCAGGAAUCAGGACCAAAGAAAGUGGCCCCUAUUCAGAGAAGGAAAAAGCCUGCUUCACAGAAAAAGCGACGAUUUAAGACUCAUAAUGAACACUUGGCUGGCGUGCUGAAGGAUUACUCUGACAUCACUCCCAGCAAGUAG